GGACCCGAACCUCCCUGAGGGGACCCGAGCCCGCCUGAGGGGACCCGAACCCAUCUGAGGGGAUCCGAACCCGUGUGGGGGAAACCGAACUCGGCCCAGAACCCACCCGAACUCGCCCGGGAAAACCCGAACCCGCUCGGCCCCCAGGAUGCCCCCUCCGUGCCGCCCCCCGUCCCCUCUCCGCUGUGUCCAGGCUCUCAGCGCCCUCCUGGCGCUGGCGCUGGCAGCAGCCCCCGGCUAUUGGAACCCUGGCGAGGGGGACGGCUGCUUGUCCGCCUGGGCCUUGUCCUUCGUCUUCACCCUCCUCCUCCUCCUCAACGACGCCUUCCGCCGCCCGCCGCCCCGCCGCGACCUGCCGCUGGCCCUGGCCACCGCCGCCGCCAUGGCUUGUGCCACCGCCACCGUCCUGUGGCCGCUGGGCCACCUCCGGGGACAGGAGGGUGGCCACGGCCGCCCCCGCGCCCUCCGCGCCGCCGCCACGGCCGCUUCGGCCAUCGCCACGCUGGCCUACGCCGCCGAGGUGACCCGCGACCGGGCGAGGCCCGGCGAGGCCGCCCCGUACCUGGCCACCCCCUCGGGGCUGCUCAAGGUGGCCGAAGCCUUCCUCGCCCUCCUCCUCCUCGGGCUGUCGGCCGAGCUGGGCGCGGCGUCGGGGCCCGCGGCCCUGCGCUGGUGCCUGGGCAUCUACUGCGUGUCCUUCGUGCUGGGGGUGCUGCUGGUCGGGGGGUGCCUGCUGGGCUGGGGCUGGUGCGGAUGGAUGCGGGACCCCGAGGGGCUGCGCUGGGGGCUGGGGGUCUACGCGGGGCUGGGGGUGGUGGCCUACGGGGCGGCCACGGUGCUGUGGGCGCUCUACAGCUUCUCGGACGACAUGGGGGGCCAGUCCCGGAGACCCUACGGCUGUCCCGCUACCUGCUCCUGGGACAGGAGGGUGCUGGUGGCCGUGCUCAGCGGCCUCAACCUGGUGGCGUUCGGGGUGGAUUUGGGGCAGACGGGCAGGUUGGUGCUGUUGAGGGCCUGAGGGGGCACUCCCAGCU